GUCAAACAUCGUAAACCGAAACAGACAUUAUAAAAUGGGACGGAGGGAGUAGUUUUUCUAAAUUUGACACUAUGUUUUCACCAUAUUUUUAAAAAUUUAUAAUAAUUGCGACAUUUACUAUCCCACCUCCAGAUAUCCUUCUGCCACGCUUCCAUUCUGUUUUCCCAAUCUUUCUCCUUUCCACCUUUUUCCUUCCCAAACUUCCACACCCCCCCCCCAUCUCUCUCUCUAGAGAAAACUGACUUGAUGACUGGCGGCGGCGAGGACUGGGUGGGCGCGGCCAUGGCCGACGACUCUAUGGUGGUGGAGCUUCUGUUGGGGCUCAGUCGCCGGAACGGAAACAGGAGCCCGAUUUUGCCGCUGAAAUGGAGGGCCCGCCAGCGCCGAUCGAAGCCGGCCGCCUCCAAAAACGCCGCCGCGAGAGCGAGUCCGAACACCCCGUUGUCCUGGAGCGGCGGUACCACCGGAAGCGGCGGCGGAUGCGACGGUGCUAACGAGGAAUCCAGCAGCCGUCCUCCUCCCUCUGCUCCAGAACUCGACCGUGUCGCGAGAUCUAAGGUAAAUGAGACAAGUGAGAAAACUGCAAUUAGGAGAUGUUCAAGAAGGAAAAGGACAUUGGCUGAGCUAAAAAAUGAUGAGGCCAUGCUAUUGAAGGAAAGAAAACAGCUGAAGAAGGAAUUAGCAAAGUUACGUGUCAACUUCGAGACGCUAAGGGCUAUAAAUGAAAAUUUGAAGAGAAUAAAGAUCGAUUUGGUCCAAAUUCAGCAAAAACCAGAGGCACGCCACGAGGAUAAGGUUGCCCUUCCGGACCUAAACCUUCCCUUUGAAGAGGAUCCUACCCUAUGAUCCAUACUAUCUACAUAAAGCAGCAUUAUUACACUUAUAUAUAGGUAAUAAUAAGUGCUAACCUUGUUGUAGGGAGGAUUAUUAUUGUAACUCUUACAAGUAAGCCUUCACUUUCCAUGCAUAACAAAUGGAAGUGGGGGUGUUAAGCUAAGGGUAUUUAGGAAUCAGAGACCCUUAGCUAGGUCACAUACAUUCUUUCUUUUUAAAUUCUUUAGGGUGGGGUGGGGGAGAGACCCAUAGUUUCUGAAGUUGUUAUUCCUGGAAAUUUUCAUAGAUGAGUAUAAUGAAUGUACAAAUAAUAAGCACACCAUUUUUGUAUCAUAGGAGAGACAUAUGGGUACAAAUCUGGAUCAGCCUUACUUUCACGAAAACAUGUUGCGAUUGUAACGCACUCUUUUAAAAAUGUAUUUGUAGUUGGUUGGUAAACAUGAGAAAAACCAUUUUUUGCUUAUUUUGCUCGUCGCUAUAAGCAAAAAGGCCGCCCUUACCUCUGUUAGCAAACCGAGAAAUUUGGGUUUGCACUUCUUGUUGUCCCUUCUUUUUUGCCUCGUAUUUGGCAAACUCCACGGGAUGCCUCGACCUUAGGUGUUUUUCCGGACCGCCAUAACCGCCGGAGACUCCCAUUUUUAUGACGGUCCCACAAUGUUUACAAGUUCCAUAAACUACGCCAUCUUUUGUUUCUUUGUCAAAAUGAUAAACAAAUAACUCUGAUUUAU